AUGAAAUCUCUCCUAGCAUUCACUCUGCUGUCCCUGGUGCUCAGCCUCAAGAAUGCACAUUGUCAGCUUACUAAAGGCAGCUGUAAUCGCUUUGCGGACAUCCUACCUCUAAGGCUCCGGGAGCUGAGGGUCAAAUUUAAUGAGAUUAAAGAUUAUUUUCAAACCAGAGAUGAAGCAAUAGACACUGUGUUGUUAAAAGAGGAUUUACUGGAAGAUUUCAAGGGGUACUUGGGCUGCCAGUCAGUGGCAGAAAUGAUUCAAUUUUAUGUGGAAGAUGUCUUGCCCAAAGUGACCACUGGCAACACCAUUGAGCAGAGUGUGGGCUUCAUUCGAUCUAUGCUGCUGGAUCUGAAAACAACGAUCAAGCGCUGUUAUAAGUUCUUCAUAUGUGAAAAGAAGAACAGCACAAUAAGCAGCAUCAAACAAACCUAUGAAAAGCUGCAAGACAAAGGCAUCUACAAAGCAAUAGGAGAGUUUGACAUUUUUGUUAACUACAUUGAAGAAUAUCUAAUCAUGAAGAUGAAAAAAUGAAACUAUCUCCAGGCAGAUGUCUUUUUCACAACAGGAAAACUGCUGUUUUUUGUAAAAAUAGUAAAUAGAUUAAAUGGGAAACAAUGUUACAUGCAAUGCAAAUGGUGUUACAGCAAAUCAAUAAUGCUCAGGGUAUUUUUUUAACUUAAGUGUUUAUUUAUUGUCUCAGAUACCUCAGUUUUAAUCAGUGUUUAUGAGCUGUCGUGUGGCUGUUGCUGAUGUCUACCUUAUGUUUCUUUUUUAAAUUGCGAGCCUUUUGGGGACAGGGAGCCAUCUCAUUUAUAUACUUUAUUUUUCUAUGUAAACUACUUUGAGAACUUCUGUUGAAAAAUAGUAUAUAAGUAAUAGUUGUCAUUGUCGUUGCCAUUGUAAUGUUACACUUUUAAAGCAAAAUAUAUAUCUAAUAAAAUAUUUAUUUAUUUUCA